AUGUCUUCUGUUCGAUCUCAAGUGAUUCAACUUCCAUCGAGUAAUGAUCAAGUUCUUAUAAUAAAUCCGGAUGGAACUGUUGUUCAAGAAUCGAAUCAAGUAUACUAUAAAAAACCAAAUGCUUUUAAACGAGCAUAUGAAAAAUAUAAAAAACCAAAAAAUCACUAUAUUAUUGAACAGGAAGGUUUAUCUUAUCGUUAUUGCGAGUGUUGUCAUCGAUGGUGUACUAGACGAUGUCCAGCAUGUGAUUUUUGUGAUCGAAUAUUCGCCUGUCCACUCUACUUUUGUGUUAUUGCUGGAUUAUUAUUGUUAGGACUACUAAUUGCAUUACUUACACUAUUUGGUUUACUUCCAGGUUAG